UCCCAGAAACGCUUACCCCAAAUUAUAAAAUAUCCACAAACCUACCACAUACCCUCUUCAACCAAACCAAAUUUCAGAUCCUUCUUCUCCUUCUCCUCUCUGCUCUCACUCUUCUUCUUCAUUCAACCAUGGCGAAUCAACCUGAAUCCUCAGAUUCGAAGGGAACGAAGCGGGACUACAGCACCGCGAUCCUGGAACGCAAGAAGGCGCCGAACCGUCUCGUCGUCGACGAGGCCGUAAACGAUGAUAACUCCGUCGUCGCUCUUCACCCUGAAACCAUGGAGAAGCUUCAACUCUUCCGCGGUGACACAAUUCUCAUCAAGGGGAAGAAGAGGAAAGACACAAUUUGUAUUGCACUUGCUGAUGAUACGUGUGAGGAGCCGAAGAUAAGGAUGAACAAGGUUGUGAGGAACAAUCUUAGGGUUAGGCUUGGAGAUGUUGUUUCUGUUCAUCAGUGUGCUGAUGUUAAAUAUGGGAAGCGAGUUCACAUUCUUCCUGUGGAUGAUACCAUUGAAGGAGUCACUGGGAAUCUCUUUGAUGCAUACUUGAAACCUUAUUUCCUGGAGGCAUAUCGUCCUCUAAGGAAGGGAGAUUUCUUCCUUGUGAGAGGGGGGAUGAGAAGUGUGGAAUUCAAGGUUAUUGAAACCGACCCUGCUGAGUAUUGUGUUGUUGCUCCAGACACUGAGAUCUUUUGUGAAGGAGAACCUAUUAAAAGAGAAGAUGAGCAACGAUUGGAUGAGGUUGGUUAUGAUGAUGUUGGUGGGGUUAGAAAGCAGAUGGCACAGAUUAGGGAACUGGUGGAACUGCCAUUGAGGCAUCCACAAUUAUUCAAGUCUAUUGGUGUUAAGCCACCGAAAGGAAUUCUGCUGUAUGGACCCCCUGGGUCUGGUAAAACUUUAAUUGCCCGAGCAGUUGCAAACGAAACCGGUGCCUUCUUUUUCUGCAUCAAUGGCCCUGAGAUCAUGUCAAAACUGGCUGGUGAGAGUGAAAGCAAUCUGCGUAAGGCAUUUGAGGAAGCUGAGAAAAAUGCUCCCUCUAUCAUCUUCAUUGAUGAGAUAGAUUCUAUUGCUCCAAAAAGGGAGAAGACUCAUGGUGAAGUUGAGAGACGUAUUGUCUCUCAGCUCUUGACCCUCAUGGAUGGGCUUAAGUCCCGUGCCCAUGUAAUUGUUAUGGGAGCCACUAACCGUCCCAAUAGCAUUGACCCUGCUCUUCGAAGGUUUGGAAGGUUUGACAGGGAGAUAGACAUUGGUGUGCCCGAUGAGAUUGGGCGUCUUGAGGUUCUUCGUAUCCAUACUAAAAAUAUGAAGCUUGCCGAAGAUGUUGAUUUAGAAAGGAUUUCUAAGGACACCCAUGGAUAUGUUGGUGCUGAUCUAGCGGCUCUGUGUACUGAAGCUGCGCUUCAGUGCAUCAGAGAGAAAAUGGACGUGAUUGACUUGGAUGAUGAGUCCAUUGAUGCUGAGAUACUGAACUCAAUGGCAGUGUCUAAUGAGCAUUUCCAUACUGCUCUUGGAUCAAGCAAUCCUUCUGCUCUCCGUGAAACAGUUGUUGAAGUACCUAAUGUCAGCUGGGAAGAUAUCGGUGGUCUUGAGAAUGUUAAGAGAGAACUCCAAGAGACUGUCCAAUAUCCAGUGGAGCACCCAGAGAAAUUCGAGAAGUUUGGAAUGUCACCUUCAAAGGGGGUUCUUUUCUAUGGUCCUCCUGGUUGUGGUAAAACCCUUUUGGCAAAAGCUAUUGCUAACGAAUGUCAGGCUAAUUUCAUCAGUGUCAAAGGACCUGAGCUACUCACUAUGUGGUUUGGAGAAAGUGAAGCUAAUGUCAGGGAAAUUUUUGACAAAGCUCGUGGUUCUGCGCCAUGUGUCCUAUUCUUUGAUGAACUUGACUCCAUUGCAACUCAGAGAGGCAGUAGUGUAGGAGAUGCUGGUGGUGCUGCUGAUAGGGUUCUGAAUCAACUGCUUACAGAAAUGGAUGGAAUGUCAGCGAAGAAAACUGUGUUUAUCAUUGGGGCCACUAAUCGGCCAGACAUCAUAGACCCUGCUCUUCUACGACCGGGCCGUCUGGACCAAUUGAUUUAUAUUCCCCUUCCGGACGUGGAUUCUCGGCAUCAGAUAUUCAAAGCUUGCUUGAGAAAAUCCCCCAUCUCAAAAGAUGUUGAUCUUGGAGCUCUUGCCAAGUAUACUCAAGGCUUCAGCGGUGCUGAUAUUACCGAGAUUUGCCAGCGUGCAUGCAAGUAUGCCAUAAGGGAGAACAUUGAGAAGGAUAUUGAGAGAGAAAGGAGGAGAAGUGAUAAUCCUGAGGCUAUGGAAGAGGAUAUUGAAGACGAAGAUGUAGCUGAGAUAAAAGCAGCUCACUUUGAAGAGUCAAUGAAAUAUGCACGAAGGAGUGUAAGUGAUGCUGACAUUCGAAAGUACCAGGCGUUUGCCCAAACAUUGCAGCAAUCAAGAGGGUUUGGAUCGGAGUUCAGGUUUGCAGAUACCAGUGCCGGUGGGACUGCCGCUGCCGCUGCCGCUGCCACUGAUCCAUUUGCAAGUGCUGGUGGUGGUGAUGAAGAUGAUCUAUAUAGUUAGGUCAACCUUUGUUUUAUCUUUUACUUUGGAACGACAAUGCUACCUAAUUUAAGCUCUUCACAUUUUCUGUUUGAAGUCAGGCUUCGAUUGGAUUAUUAUUACUGUCUUUGCUCCUUAAAAUGCUUUGUUAACUUACAUGUGUGGCUAGCAUUAGUUGCGAGCCUCUUUGCAAGUUGGGAAGAAUUAUUUGGACAGGUGCUGAAGCCUUUGUCUCUGCACUUUUUGGUGCCAAUAUUGUUAUAAUUUCUGAAUCAAGCAGUGUUAUUUACAAGUAAA